AUGUAUCUAUUCAUCACUGCUGAUGUUUUGAAGGAAAGCGAUCGCAUGAGAGAGACUGUGCAGAACAGACUGCGAAAAUGUCAAGAACUGAAGGGCCAAGCACGGGAGAAGAGGGACCGGAAAGAUGCCAUCAGUUUUGCGACACAGUCUUCUCUCAUGGCAGAUAUGGCAGGCCAGAUUGAACCUGGCAUGUCCGUGAGCUCCCGACCUGACGCUAUGGUUGCCUUGGCCGUUGGCAAUCCUUUCCCGCCCAGCACGACCAAGCUGGAUGAUCUGAAGCCGAUGUUAAUCUCGGAGCUGCAGAUCGACACGCAUCAUCAAGGUCGAGUGCUGGAUGUCAAGCGGUGUGCUGCUGUCGUCGAGCUCGUAGCUUACUCGUGGACCAUUGUGGAAGACAAGGCAGGUGAUGUCGAGCGGAUGGAAGUCUACCUGCAUAAAUUCAAGCGAGGCGAAGAAGCCCUGGACUGCGGGCCGAACUUUCGAAUCAAGGAGCCUUAUUUCACCAUCAACGAGCAAGGAGAACCCACAAUUCGAAUACAUCAUCCGUCAGAUCUCGUUCGUCUUGAUACGGAACCUGUGCCGAAGACUGCUCAGAAGUGCAAAGAUCUGGGCAAUGCCGCGCUCAAGCGGAAGGAGUACUUCGAUUCCAUCCGACGAUACACGCAAGGACUGGAGCUGUGCGGGAAGGACGGUGGGGAGGACAUUCGACAUGACAUCUACCGAAAUCGAGCGCAUGUCAACCUCUUGCUGAAUCGUUUCGACGAGGCUAAAGCGGACGGACUGGCAUCGGUGACUGGUGGUGGAGAUGAGAAGAGUCGACUUCUCGACAGCAAAGCCCAAUAUCGAGCUGGAUGUGCUGCCUACAGUCUGGGGCAAUUCGAGGAUGCGCAGCGAUCGUUCAAGGCUGCGAAGGAACUGGCGCCGGAAGACAAGGAUACGAACACGUUCUUGCGUAAUAUCGAGGCCAGGCUCCGCGAGCAAGUUUCGGGAGACUACAACUUUACCAAAAUCAGGCUGAAGCUUUCGAAAGCCCGGCCUCGGGUCGAUGCGGCCACCUUCGUUGGGAAUGUUGAUGUCCAAGACAGUCCUCUUGGUGGUCGUGGAGUGUUUGCUACGAAGGAGAUCAGGGCCGGGGAGCUCAUACUUUGCGAGAAGGCGUUCUGCGUCGCAUGGGGCCACGAGGAGGAGUCAUGGACCGCUAUGACUUACGAUGCGAGAGACGACAGGAUCAGAGCGUAUCCUGCCGGGCUGACCAAGGUAAUCGUACAGAAGCUUCUGAACAACCCGUCGCAGAUUGAGAAGGUCAUGGAUCUGUUCGGUGACUGGAGGAGCAUCGGAAAGGAGGUGCUGAUUGGGGAGGAUGCCUUUCAAGUUCACGACGUGGUUUGCAGGAACGCAUUCGGCCCUGGUGCGGUCAUCGCUGGCGAGGCCGAGAACAUUAGGAAGGCUAGCACGGGACUCUGGCUGAUGGCUGCAUAUAUUAACCACUCGUGUUUGCCGAAUGCGGAGAAGAGCUUCCUCGGCGAUUUGAUGGUGGUCAGAGCAACGAGGAACAUUACGGCCGGAAGCGAGAUCACACACAGUUACGACUCCUCGUCGGAUUACGACGCACGACAGGAGGCGUUGAUGAAGACUUGGGGUUUCCGCUGCCGCUGCGAACUGUGUAAAGCGGACGGUGGUGAUGCUACCGAGGUGAGAAAGAAGAGGAGGAACUUGGAACAGCAGGCUCUUGCGGUGGUGGCGAAGGAGCAUCCAAGCAGUGCGAGACGGACGACAGUAUUGAAGGUGGAGCGUUUGGCGAAGUUGAUCAACGAGACCUAUGAUGAUGAAAGAUACAAGGACCUUCCGCGGAUGGCUCUCGCGCAGAUCGAGGCAUGGCUGGGUCAAGCGGUAAGGCGGUGA